CUGUCUGGGCGUUUGCGGACCAUGCUGUCCCGGGUGGUACUUUCUGCCGCCGCCACAGCGGCCCCGUGUCUGAAAAACGCGGCUGUCCUGGGACCAGGAAGAGAACCUGAUGAAGAGUUUUCAUGUCAGAUUCAUGUUUAGAAGCAUUGGCAGUAAUAUGAAAGAAGGAGCUACAUUUAAGGAAUAUUUGACAAGAAGAGCCAUCAUGUUUGGGGAUGUUAAAAUAGUUUAAGAAAGAAAAUGAAGGCUUCAACUGAGGUAACCUUGGCAAACUGAAAAGGCCUAUGUCACAUAGUGAUGAGCAGUCCAUCAAAGAGAAUAUUCAGAGUCAACAUUCUCACUAUCAGAUUGCCUACAGCAGCAUUGGCAUUGAGGGUAUUGCAGGCAACAAAGGUCUUUCACACUGGACAGCCACGUCUUGCCCCUGUACCACCUCUUCCCGAAUAUGGAGGAAAAGUACGUCUAGGGCUGAUCCCUGAAGAAUUUUUCCAGUUCCUUUACCCUAAAACUGGUGUAACAGGACCCUACGUGCUUGGAACUGGGCUCAGCUUGUAUUUUCUCUCCAAAGAAAUAUAUGUGAUUACCCCAGAGACCUUCUCUACCAUAACAGUAGUAGGGUUGAUUGUCUAUGUGGUUAAGAAAUAUGGUGCUUCUAUUGGAGAAUUUCUUGAUAAACUUAAUGAGGAAAAAAUCGCUCAACUGGAAGAAGUCAAGCAAGCAAGCAUAAAACAGAUCCAGGAUGCAAUUGACAUGGAGAAGGCACAGCAGGCGCUGGUUCAGAAGCGCCACUACCUCUUCGAUGUUCAGAGGAAUAAUAUUGCCUUGGCCUUGGAAGUCACCUACCGGGAACGACUAUAUAGAGCAUAUAAGGAGGUAAAGAAUCGCCUGGACUACCAUAUUUCUGUACAGGACAUGCUGCGUCGCAAGGAAGAAGAGCACAUGAUAAACUGGGUGGAGAAGAAUGUGGUGGAGAGCAUUUCUGCACAGCAGGAAAAGGAGACCAUUGCCAAGUGCAUUGCGGAUCUAAAGCAGCUUGCAAAGAAGGCUCAAGCUCAGCCAGUUAUGUGAAUGUAUCUAUCUCAGUUGAGAUGGCCAGAGAGAGUUAACUUAAAUGGGAACUAGUCUAUGUGAAGAACUCUUCUGUAUUGCUGUCUAUUGAAAUUACAGUGUACCUUUCCUGAAAAAUGAUCGAGAUUGAUUUAGUGACUUAACACUGUUGGCCAGUCAGGUAUUUCUGAUCCUUGCUGUGUAUCUGGAGUUGUCUGGUGAUCACUUUUGAAUUAGUAAUUUGCAGCAACUUGCUGCCUGACAGAAAUUACCAAGUUAUGGUUUAAACUUGUAACAAGUUAUACCGUCUUGCAAUAAAAUAACAUUUGAAACAGAA